GAUUGAUACCGUCCGCGCCAUAAGCGAAAAGCUACGUUGGAUGAGUGAUGCGCGCAACGGGAAAAACACUUCCCUUUCCGCAGGAGCUUCAGAAUUUGUGCCAGCCGCCCCUUUUGCCCAAAGCCGGUCGACAAAAGCGGCUGUCACCCUAUCGCCGGCAGCUGCGGAGUUUCUGCCAGAAGGAGGUCGUCAACCAUGGGCCUGGAAUGGCUCGCAUUGGAGCCACGACGGCAACGGUGCCUGGCCAGGAGACAGAAGCUGGAACGUUGGCUACUCCGCAAAUAGCCCUGACGUAGCCGGGUGGGCAGGAGUCGCCUCGUCACCCACCUGCUGGUUUAACGAUGAUGCAUAUUCGACGGAUUCAUCUCGCAGCAGUGAUUCCGAGCCUGAAGCUGAAGAAGCUGAUGCAGGCCCUACGCCGGCGCUUCCAAGCCGCCCAGGCCCUGAGAUCGCUCAGCGUGAAGGACUCAACGUGGUCUCACGCGAUGAGAUUGUGGAUGACGAUGAUGACUUCGAUUCUUUCUCGGAGGAUGAAGGCUUUGAUGCCAGCGUCCCGAGCACCUCGGCCAACGUUCCUUGUGAAGCUGAGCACGCUGCGCCCACAAAGCGGGCGGAAGACAAAACCUCGGAGAUCCCGACUUCGUUUCCGGUUGGAGGCACUGAAGGUGCGGAGGAAGUCUCUUGUGCGGAGGACAGAAACCGUCAUGGCGAGGAUCUGGUUGCGGCAUGUGAGGAGCUUGUGCCACCGUCGUCUAACGAGGAGCAGCAGGCAUCCGAAGCCGACGGCUGUGCUCCUAAGUAUGAAAAAGAGUUCAUGCUGACCAUGAGGCGAAUUGUUGGCAGGGCAGAGCCCACCUGUCAUCAGCUGCCUCGAUGUGAGAAGGUGGGCUCCGAAGAGGAUGUUCCAGAUUUCUUGCGUCGCCGCGAGGAAUCUGAGCAAAAUGGAGAGGAUAAAUGGAGAGCAUCGCGUUCUGGCGAGGCAUCAAAGGCUCGCAGCCGAACUCAGGAUGCGAAGCAAAAGCCCGACAAGAACACACAGCAAGGUGAUGCUAGCCAAGCUUCAGCAAACAAACUUGAGGUUAGCGAGACUUCCUGGGCAGCGCAAAUUGCUCGGAGAAAGGCUUUGAGCAAAGAAAACUCGGACGACUCCUUCGUAAAAAAUGUGAGAUCCAUUCUGAACAAGCUCACGGUAGAAAAAUUUGACACCCUGUCUGAGCAAAUCAUAGAGUUGGUCUCGCAAUCAGACCGUCCCAACCAUGGAAUCCCCCUGUUAAUGCAAUUGGUGUUCGAGAAGGCCACUACGCAGCACCACUUCAUCAAUAUGUAUGUGGGCUUGUGCGUCAAGCUCCACAAGUGGCUCACCGAUAAUGAACGCAUAGAUGGCGCCGAGUCGCAAAGCAACUUCAAGCGCGUCCUCCUAAAUCAAUGUCAGUCCUCUUUUGAGCAGUACCUAGAGCCGCCAGAAGGCUUUGAUGGUUUAACAGGUGAUGACCUCUAUGAAGCUCAGGUUAAGUACAAGACCAAGAUGCUGGGUAACAUCCGUUUAGUUGGAGAGCUCAUUCGACAUGGAAUGCUGGCGCCAAAGAUCGCCAUCGCAGUGGCGUCGGAGCUAGCCAGAGAUGACCCUGCAGUGCGCAGUGAGCGCUUGGAGACGCUCGCGACCUUCCUGGAAACAGUCGGUGUUGCCCUAGAUGAUCCAAGUUGGAAGCAUCACCAUGAGCUGGAAAUGGUGUUUGAGGAGGUUGUUCGGGCAUGUUCUGACCAAGCCGUGCCGCGACGUGUCCGCUGCCUUCUUCAGGAUGUGCUUGACCUCCGCAAUGGUGGAUGGAAGUCAAAAAGGCGAAAAGAUCUCAGCAAGGAAACACCCCAGACGCUGGCACAAGUGCACGAGAAGGCUAAAGCCGAGGUCUCCAGACAAAACACAAGCAAAAGCUUGUCGUCAUGUCGAGCCGAGGUCUCGUCUUCUCAAUCUUGGGCCAGCGUUAGGGAUCUUGGAAGACAGCUCUGA